AUGAAAUUUGUUCUACUCGUCACGUUGUUUGCAGCGGUGUCUUCGAUCCCAACAGAGUUGCCAUAUCCAGAUGAACUGGUCUAUAAACUCGGGGAAGAGGAAUUUGAGGACUAUGUUGAUAAGUGGAUAGAAUUCCAACAACGUAAAUGGACCAACGCGUCCGAAGCAACAACCACAAGCGCCAGGAGUGGAUGCACUCUAAACGUGCGCAAUGACUUCUCAAAUCCACAGCCAGUUUUCAUACACAGAUGGUUGAACAACUACCUAGCACCAUAUGGCAACUCGGGACAAGUUCGCCUAAACAGUGGAGACGAAAUUAUUGUCGCAUGUACUGGAUCAGGACGUCAAAUACGACACCCUAAUAUCAUAUCCAAUGUUGCGGUUGCAACGGCAAGAUGUGUGAACAAUAACCUCGUAUCCGGUGCAGGUUGGUUAAACGGAAAUCGAGCUUUCAGACAAUUGACAUGUAGUGACCACUCCUCUAGUCAAGCCGUCGAGACAAAUGAGAGAUGUUAUGGCAAUAAUGUGGUUAUAAGAGUCGGAUACGUCGUGAACAACGUGUUCUAUCCAACUUAUUGGUCAUGCUAUGACAAGCGCCGAUUCGAAGUACUGUAUGUUUGGUAUCCACAAAAUCCAACCAACUCUGUUCCUCAGACUGGCGUUGACCGACCUAACUGGAUGGCUGGAAAUUUCUUUCCGGGAGUGAAUAUCAACAACCUUUACACGAGGAAUCGCCAGCGCGAAGCAAUAGCCAGAUCGGUUGGUAACAACAUGGUCGAUAGAUACGUGACCAAUCAGCAGUUUCUUUCACGUGGUCACCUCAUUGCUAAGAGUGACCAAGUCUUCGCUACUGGACAGCGAGCAACGUUCUACUUCGUCAACGCUGGUCCUCAAUGGCAACCGUUUAAUGGCGGAAAUUGGAACAGUCUCGAAUUGAACCUUCGUGAUCGCAUUGCCCGUGCGGGUUACCACACAACAAUUUACACGGGUACGUUUGGAGUCACACAACUUCGUAACUCCGCUGGCCGUUACGUUGACCUAUUUCUUGACAACACUGGUAAUAAUCGUAGAGUCCCAGUUCCUCAAUACUUCUACAAGGUUGCAUAUGAUGCAAAUAGACGCAUUGGAACCGCUUUUAUCGGUAUCAACAAUCCAUACUACACAUUAGCUGAGGCCCGAGCUCUGCAGUUCUGCACAGACAGGUGUCGGAAUAACAACGCCUUCAGCUGGCUCAGGUGGCAACCAGAUCGAGUGGACAUUGGUUACAGCUUCUGCUGCACUAUCGCUGAUUUCAGACGACGAGUGCCGCACCUGCCAGCUUUUACUGUGAACGGGCUACUGUCAUAA